CUACCUCCCAUACCCAUCGAUAACGCCCCUUUGCCGACCCGACAACAUGACUUUACCCUGAGACACAUCUACCACAAGGGCUCACAUCAAUACCCGAAUCUCUUGCGCAAGGUCGACAUCACGCCCGAUGUUGUUCUCGACCACGUUCAAGAUGGGGAAGACAGUGAAUACGCCGCUACAGUCUCGGCUGUAGACUCAUACCGUGUCAACUCGGGUCCCAUGACGAUAGAACGUCUGGCCGAUCGUCGUAGGUCUACUAUCGACCGCCUACUCGAGGCUGGUCAGAUGCGUGGAGAAGCCGUCUCUCUGCCCGCCUCUUCUUGGACAAUGGACGAGCUAGACGCUCCGAAUAUUACCGACAAGGAGACCGUUCUCGCAUUCGCCCGCAUGGCCUCCAACGCCUAUGUUCUCGUGCCACAUACUGGAGAUUGGGUCGAUGUUGGAGGAGGCUUCAACUACACAGAGGACUUUGGCUGGGAAAGCGACGGCUUACGAGGUCACAUCUUUGCCGAUACUACAAACAAGACGGUCGUCAUUGGUCUAAAAGGCACCUCGCCUGCUGUUUUUGACGGUGCAGAUACAACCGGUAAUGACAAAUUGAACGACAAUCUGUUUGGAAGCUGCUGCUGCGGUUCAGGCGGCCAGCCCAUGUGGAAGAUUGUCUGCGACUGCCAGACAUCCGCCUUUACUUGCAACUCGACAUGCUUGGUCAAGAGUCUGCGUAACAAAGCUCACUACUAUCAAGCAGCCCAAGAGCUGUACCACAACGUCACCGAGCUGUAUCCUGAUGCUGACGUCUGGCUGACUGGUCAUUCGCUCGGUGGCGUCGUCACUUCCUUACUUGGUCUGACUUUUGGCCUGCCUACCAUCACCUUUGAAACUUUCCCGGAAGCACUUGCUGCUAGUCGUCUUGGUCUCCCUACCCCUCCUGGCUACCACAUUGGCGAUCACAAGAAACGACCCCACACCGGUGCCUAUCACUUUGGCCAUACUGCCGAUCCCAUCUACUCGGGAACUUGCAACACCGCAUUCUCUGGCUGCACCAUUGGCGGAUACGCUUUUCAAGGAAAAUGCCAUACUGGAAGUUCAUGCACAUAUGAUACCGUCAAGGACUUUGGCUGGAGACAAGGAAUUGGCACACACAAAAUCAGCAGUGUCAUCCAUGACGUGAUCCUGAAGUAUGACACUGUUCCCACGUGCGAAAAGGAUGAGGACUGCAUUGACUGCUAUGAAUGGAAGUUCUUCGAAAGCAACGGUACCGAGACCACCACUAGCUCGUCUUCCACUGCACCAUCGACCACUCGCACGAGGACCGAAACUUGCAAGACUCCAGGUUGGUGGGGAUGUCUGGACGAAUCCACCAGUAGCCUCAUCACGGUUCCAGUCACUACUACAGAGACCAUCACAACGACAACCUGUCUAUCGCCUGGCUGGUUCGGCUGCAAGGAUGAGGUCACGACGACCGAAACAACCACCGUGACGAGCAGUAUCGAGACACCGGCGCCAGCUCCAACUGUCACCACAACAUCGGCUGCUCGUUCUUCCUCGUCGCCUCACACCUCGUCAGCCUCGAGCACAACAUGCAAGUCACCCGGCUGGUUCGGCUGCCACGACUCGACGACUACGACCAAACACCACGCAACAAGCACUUUAGCCUCAAGCACAUCCACAACCGAGCACGAAUGCACUUCCAAAGAAUGGUUCGGCUUCAUCUGUGUGGAUCCUUCA